AGGCUGCCGUCUUCACAUACAUAUCUGUCGUAAAGCUUUUAAAGCGUUUUGGACCCGCCAACCAUAAGUGCACUGGGUAACGCCAAAUUGAGCUUUGAGCUCGAGCGACGAAAGAAGAACAGCCAUGACGAGGGGAAAUCAGCGUGAACUUGCCCGUCAAAAGAAUGCUAAGAAGCUAAGUGAACAUGGCAAAGGGAAGAAAAAUGAAGAUGGCCUCUCUUCAGCUGCUCGUAAGCAGAGAGAUGCUGAAAUCAUGCAGCAGAAGCAAAAAAAGGCAAGUGAGAAGCCUGACGGUAAAGUUAAAUAACCAGAGGAGGACGUUGCAACCAACAUGGCAUUCUGAAUUCUUGGAUUGCGAGCCUUUUUGUCACGAGAGUAUAUCUGUCAUUCUAAACAUGUGGAGACUAGGAUUCUUCUUUUUUUUUACCCCAAAGUCCAUAAUGUACAGUACAUAAUGAUUUUUGGUUAGUCUGUGUUCAGCUGUGGAGGAGACUGUUCUUUCAAAUAAUCAGAGCAAUCCCAAAUAGGGUUCUCAAAACAUCUGGACUGGCAUUGCAACCAUGUACAUUUGUAUCAAGUGCCCUUCUUAAUAAAGUGUACAUUUUAAUUCA